UUAAGUGGAACAUUUUCCAAAAUAUAACUUUAAAAAAAGUAAUUAUUUUUAACGUUUCUUAAUUUUGUUAUCAGUAAUAUAACUGAAAAGUACUCAUGAUGCCUUGAAAACUAGUUUUCAAGGCAUUUGAGUACUUUUCAGUAUGAAGAUGGCUUUACUCUCUAUUAUUUAAUGAUUACCAAUAUCAAGUUACAUUACUGAUAACAAAAUUGAUAUUAAAAUUAGAAAUGUUAAAAAUAAUUACUUUUUUUAAAGUAGUUAACUACAUCAAGAUAUUUGCAUUGCUAUUUAUUUAUCAAUACAUAAAUUUUCCGUAGAGAAAUAUUUUCAUAAUCUUCAGGUUGAUGAUCUUAAUAAAGUUAACAAAUAAAUGUGGACCAUCUAGAACAUUCUGUUUAACAUUCUGGAACAUUUAAUCACUGAUUCAUUUAUUUUGUUUAUUGAACAAUUUUUAUUUAGGCAAAAUAGUAAAAGUGUUCUCAGAUUUUGUAGCAUCAAAAUUAUCUCUGAAUCCAAUAGCAUAAGACUUAAUAACCUUAUGUUAAAUAUAAAUAUUUAAACAAUUAAAAAAGAAUUAUUUUCUUUUUUCUAAGAAAAAAAUACAUUAAAUGUAAGCAACCUCAGUAUUUCUAGAAUACAUUAGAUAUCAAUAAGAUAAACUUGUCUACUGUUUUUUCAAAACAUUAAUAUUUGCUCUUAACCUAUCUGUAUAGUUAGGUGAUAAGAAUACUCUUUUUUAUAUAGGAGAGCACAACAACAAGUAAUUUUUAAUAAGUUUCAGCGCUGCACUAUCCUGCCUAAAAAAGAGUGUUUUGGUUAAUGUUAUAUAGUUAGAUACUGUAAUCACAAUUUUGUAUAUUUCUCUAGUUUAUCUUUGUAUUUGGAGUUAAUAUGCAAGACUCUUUCCUAAAUCUCAUGAACCAUUAUUUCAAUUUUUUGAACCAUUAGUACAAUUUCAAACAGAAUCUUUCUGUUUGAAAUUGUUCUAAAAAGAAGGAUUCAUAUGUUUUAUUCUGCAAUGAAUUCAAUACUUUAUUAUCAAUUCUUUAUUCUAAAAAUUUUUCUCCAAAAAAGGUUAAAGAUAAUGAUUGAGUUUAUGUCAGAGUUUUUUAAUAGUUUUAAUGAUUGAUUUCAGCUAAAUUGAAGACUAUAACUCAAUUGAAUUGAUUUCAGUUAAUUUGAAGACCAUAACUCAAUUGAAUUGAUUUCAGCUAAAUUGAAGACCAUAACUCAAUUGAAUUGAUUUCAGCUAAUUUAAGACCAUAACUCAAUUAAAUUGAUUUCAACUAAAUUGAAGACUGUAACUCAAUUGAAUUAGAAAUAAAAGUUAAAUUGUUGUGUUUUCUUGUUUUAUAAAUUUUAAAAUAUAUGUACUAAAUACCUUGGUUUUUAUUAUAAAUUAUAAAUGAAACAUGUUUGUUUUAAUGUAAAGUCAAUGUUAUUAAAACUGAAAUUAAACUUUUUAAUAAUAAGAGUGUUUUUUGAAUGUGGAAUUGAUCAAAAUAUUUUUAUUUUGUUUAAUAAUAUAUUGUUCUAUUUUGGUUUUAGAUUUUGAAGCAGGUUAUUUAGUAAUUUAAAAACAGUUAAAAUUUUUCUUGUUUUAAAAGAUUAGUAAAAAAGGAAUAAUAAAAAUGUUUGAAAUGUUUUAUUGUAAACAAUAUGUGUAUAAAGUACUGUUUUAUAAUGCUACAUUCAAUAUACUGUUGUUUUUUUUUGUAAUGUUUCAAACAUUUUCAAACAAUAUGAAAUAUAAUGUUUAGACAUCAGUUUCCCUUUAUAUUUAAUAUAAUGUUUUGAUAUAUGUUUUGAUAUGUUUUGAUAUUUUGAUAUUUGCUAUAUAUAAAGUUAAGAGCAUGCAUAAGCAUACAAGUUUAGUAAACAUUUGGUUUGGUUAAAAUAAAGUUAUUUGGUAAUAGCAUUAUUUUAUUUAAAUUAAUAAAAUAGCAUUAAUAAUAGCAAUAGCAGCAGCGGAAGUAGUAGUAGUAGUAGUAGUAGUAGUAGUAGUAGUAGUAGUAGUAGUAGUAGUAGUAGUAGUAGAAAUAGUAGUAGUAGUAGUAAUAGUAAUAGUAAUAGUAGUAGUAGUAGCAAUAGCAUGAUACACAUUGCACACGUUUAAUAAUAUAAGUACACAACCCUUGCACACGUGCAUCAUGUAUUAAUUCCUUACUUAUAUUAUUAAAGUUUUUUAUUCUCCUUAAGCAAUAAUUAUAUAUUUAUUAUUUCAUUUCAGAUGAAUGGUAUAAAACUAAUUGAGCCUAUUGAACUUUUUAAUCUCCUCAAUCAAAGUACUGGUGAUAAGUCUUGGCUCAAUGAUGAACAUUAUCUUAUUCUUUAUGACACACGGCAUCUAAAAGAAUAUUCUGAAAGUCAUAUUAUAACGUCUUUUCACAUUUCGUUUGAUGAUCAUGGGUUUUACAUGUUUCCUUUUAAUAUUGAUCAUAGCUCUAUUAAACAUAUAGUUGUAAUGGAUAAUAAAACAUCAUCUUUAAAAGAAGCAAGUUCAGGUAUAAGUUGUGCAAAAGCUAUUUGGAAUAUGAUGAGCAAAAAUCAAGUGAUGUUGGUUAAGGGUGGCUUUGAAGAUUUUAGUGCAUUAUACCCUUUCUUGUGUACUAAAAAAGUUUUAUAUACUCAACGUGACAUUUCUCACAUGACAGUUUAUCCAUUGGAAAUAGAAAAUGGUUUCUUGUUUCUUGGAACAACUAAACAAGCUUUGAACAAAAAUGUUAAUUACGAUCUGAAGAUAAAAGCUUAUAUUAAUGUUACCAUGGAAUCAAAUAAUUUGUAUUUGAAGAAUGGCGAUGAGUCUUUGCCACAGUUACUUCACAUUCCUGUUAAAGAUGAGGUUGGUGAAAAUAUUUAUGAUUAUUUUCAAACAACCUGUUCUUUUAUUGAUGAACAUAAAAAAAACAAGCAUAGAUUACUUAUUUACUCAAACUUGGGAAUUAGUCGCUCUGUAACAAUUGUGCUUUGUUAUAUGAUUUAUUGUUAUAAGGUUUCUUUAAAGAAAGCUUUUAUCACACUUAAAACUUAUCAGAACUCUGCCUGUCCACAUCAAGAUUUCAUAAAAAGUCUAAUGCAAUGGGAGUUUGAUGUGUUGGGCGAAAGAAUUACUAUUCUUGAAGAUGGUAUCUUUAGAUGAAGUUAGUUAAUAAUUGAUGUUUAUCAUAUAUUAUAUUAAGGAGUUAGAUUAAAAGAUAUUAUAAGGAUUUUAAAAGUCAAAGUUUUUUUGAUAGUUUUAAAAGUAUUGUUAGUUGUGAAGAGAAUUUUUGAUAGAUUUUAUUUUAUAAGAGUUCUUUAUUCUAUAUAUGUAUAUAUUUGUUUAGAAGAAGGUGCUAAAACAAAGUUUAAGUUCAUUAAUUAUAUAGUAGUAGUGGUUAUUUAAAAUAAAUUUGCAUAUUCUACCUAUUACCUUUUAUUUUAUUAGCUGUUAGCUAGUAUAAUAUAUAGUAUGAUGUAGUAAAUAUAUAGUAUGAUAUAAUAUUUCAGUAUGAUGUUAUAUCUUAGCUAAAUAGCAAUGUUAUGUAUAAAUAUAUAUAUGUGUGUGUGUGUCAUGCUGAAUUUGCAUAAUUACUGAAUUCACGUAAUUGACAGGUUUUUUGCUGCUUAUGUGUAAUCAACAAUUAACAUAAUAUAGUCAUAAAUAAAAUGUCAAAAAUAAUAAAACUACCUUUAUCAUCAGUCAAUGUAUAUAUACUCCAUUGCAUGUUCUUUUUUACAGUCAGUCAAUGUAUAUACGUUCCGCUCCAUGUUCUCCCUAAUGGUCAGUCAAGUAUGUCCAUCUUAACAGCAGAAGCCUAUUAAGCAAAUAUGUGUAUGUAUGUAUGUAUGUAUGUAUGUAUGUAUG